UGAGAAGUGCUCAGGGACUAUUCCAGCAGCAACAGCAGCAAAAGCAGCAGCCUCUGAAAGUACUGCCCACCAUUCCAUAACGGAUACUUGUACUUCUGGAAUGCACUUCAUUUUUGAAAGGAACUUUGUACUGUAAAGAAGGCUAGUUUUCUUUCUUUUCUCCUGGAGGCUGCUUCUGGUAGUUUUUAAACCUGCAGUUUAAAAGUUUUCAAGGAAAGCUUGUGAAGUAGGCAGGGACAAUGGAGGAAAAUGAAAGCCAGAAAUCUGAGCUGUGCCUGGCUUGUUCAACAGACAGCAGACAGAUGAAGGACCAGGGAAAAAAUAAUUUGCAUGUAACAUCAUUAGACGAUGCGGAAUGUCUUCAAUCUAAAGAACUCCUUGCAACUGGAAACAAUAAUACUUCCAAUCCAAAGCCUACCCGCAACAUCCCUCGCAGACAUACUGUAGGUGGACCUCGCAGUUCCAAAGAAAUACUGGGAAUGCAGACAUCAGAAAUGGACAGAAAGAGAGAGGCUUUUCUGGAGCAUCUGAAACAGAAAUAUCCCCAUCAUGCUACAGCAAUAAUGGGACACCAAGAAAGGCUGAGAGAUCAGGCUUUGCAGUGUAUGUUGGUCUCCCUUCAUUCAGAACUUGACAUUCAAAGGUACUUGAUGAAAAUUGAAUCCUCUCAGAGAACAAGGAGCCCAAAGCUGUCUCAAAGCCCACAGCCCAAUUUGGGAGACCAGGCAGAACAUCUAUCCGAAGCAUCUGCUGAUUCUUUAGAAGCCAUGUCUGAGGGAGAUUCUCCAACUCCUUUUUCCAGAGGCAGCCGUACACGAGCAAGCCUUCCAGUGGUGAGGUCAGCGAACCAAACAAAGGAGAGAUCACUAGGAGUUUUAUAUCUUCAAUAUGGUGAUGAAACAAAACAGUUAAGGAUGCCGAAUGAAAUUACAAGCACAGACACGAUUCGUGCCCUCUUCGUAAGUGCCUUCCCCCAGCAGCUGACAAUGAAAAUGCUGGAGUCUCCCAGCGUUGCCAUUUACAUCAAGGACGAGAGCAGAAACAUAUACUAUGAACUAAAUGAUGUAAGGAACAUUCAGGACAGAUCUUUCCUUAAAGUUUACAACAAAGAUCCUGCUCAUGCAUUUAAUCAUACAUCCAGAACUGUAAAUGGAGAUAUAAGGAUGCAGAGAGAAAUUGCUUACAUAGGCCGAGAUGGCCCAAAUACUCUCCGGCCAGGAUCUGCUACACAUCCUUCUCAUGCAAUUCCAAGCUCAUCACCCAUGACAGCUGUGCCCCACUCUAUGCCCCCGUCUCCAUCCAGAAUUCCUUAUGGUGGGGCCAGGCCCAUGGGCGUGCCAGGCAAUGCAACAAUUCCCAGAGACAGGCUCUCAAGUGUGCCAGCAUCAAGAUCCAUAUCACCGAGCCCUAGUGCCAUUUUGGAAAGAAGGGACGUGAAACCAGAUGAGGACCUGAGUAACAAAAACCUUGCGCUGUUUCGAAAUGAAAACCUGUAUGCCGACCCCUACCUGUAUCACGAGGGGAGGAUGAGUGUUGCUGCUCCCCAUACUGGACACCCUCUUGACGUUCCUGAUCACAUUGUAGCUUAUCAUCGCAGUGCAAUGAGGUCCUCAAACACUUACUGUAGCCCCUCUCUGCAACCUGAAAUGAUGGAGCAAUCGUUGUACAGACAAAAACCAAGAAAAUACCCUGACAGCCAUUUGCCAACACUUGGUCCUAAAACUCCUCCUGCCUCUCCUCACAGAGUCACUGACAUGAGACUGAUUGAUAUUCAUACUCAGCAUAACACUCAUGUGCCCUCUCAUGUCGUCCAGCCGGACAGGUCUUCUCCUAGUCGCCAGUCCUUUAAAAAAGAACCAGGAGCACCUAUGUUUGUGGAAACAAAAGCACGGAAUGCUAUGGGUUCACCUGGCCUGGUCGAGGUAGUUCCUUCUGCAGCUGACAAACAGGUGUUUGGCUAUGGAUCAGCUGCGGUGCCCAAAGAGAAAGAGACAAGAGAGAGGAUGCAAGCCAUGGAGAAACAGAUUGCCAGUUUAACUGGUCUUGUUCAGUCUGCGCUUUUUAAAGGGCCAAAUACAAGUAAUAGCAAAGAUGCUUCUAGUGAGAAGAUGGUGAAAACCAUGUCCAGUAAGAGCAAUAUUGACAGUGCAGGAGCUGCUCACGUGUCUGGUGGAAAGAAUUCAUUAGCAACUACUGACUCAACUACCAUCAUCAAUCACCCUGCACCCGUUGGCUCCCCAGCAAUGCAAGUCAGCCUAAAUGAUAUGAGAUGCAAUGUGUCAGACCUUCGGCUGCAGCUGCGUCAGAUGAAGCAGCUACAGCUGCAGAACCAGGAGAUGCUGAGGGCAAUGAUGAAGAAAGCUGAGCUGGAAAUCAAUGGCAAAGUGAUUGAAACAGUGAAGAGGCUGGAGGAUCCUGUGCAGCGACAGCGCAUCCUGGUGGAGCAAGAAAGGCAGAAAUACCUCCACGAAGAGGAAAAGAUUGUGAAGAAGUUAUGUGAGCUAGAAGCUUUUGUCGAAGAGCUGAAGAAGGAUUCUACUGCCACCAACAAGACAGUGUCGUUGAAAGAUGUUGAAGAUGGGGCUUUUCUUCUGCGGCAAGUAGGAGAAGCUGUUGCCACCCUCAAAGGCGAGUUUCCAACAUUGCAGAAUAAAAUGAGGGCAAUCCUCCGCAUUGAAGUGGAAGCCGUGAGGUUUCUGAAGGAAGAGCCCCAUAAACUAGACAGCUUGCUGAAGCGAGUCCGCAGCAUGACAGAUAUCCUUACCACGCUGAGGAGACAUGUUACAGAAGGUCUGCUGAAGGGCGUGGAUCCUUCUCAAGCCAUGCAAUACAGUGCCAUGGAAAAGGCAACAGCAACCGAAGUUCUGAAAAAUCAAGAAGAGCUAAUACGUGUCCAUGGAUACCCACAGCAAAACAUAGCUGGAGUUACAGCAGAGGUGCAAGGGUCUUCAGUCAAGUCAGAAGUUCUGCCCUUAAUGACAGUUCAUCAUGUACAGAGCUCUCCUGUAGUCAUACAUCAAUAUCAGCACUCUUCAGCACUGGUCAACCAUACCCAGAAUUCACCUUUGGUCACCAGCCAUUCCGUAGGUUUGUCAGCAACAAGCCAUCAAACCCCCACCAUGCCAGUCACUGUACUGGAGUCCACAGCAGCAACCCAGCAAUCACAGACGUCUCAGUCACCACAGGUCAAUGGUUCCGUUAUGCAAAGCCUUUUUAUUGAAGAAAUUCACAGUGCAAGUACCAGGAACCGAGCUGUAUCAAUUGAGAAAGCAGAAAAGAAAUGGGAAGAGAAAAGACAGAACCUUGAUCACUAUAAUGGAAAGGAGUUUGAAAAGCUCUUGGAAGAGGCACAGGCCAAUAUCAUGAAGUCAAUCCCUAACUUAGAGAUGCCUCCACAGUCCACAGCCUUGCCAAAAUUGGAGGCAGUGGAUAAAUUAGAAGUUUCAGAAGAUGUUCCCGGUGCGGAACAGGAAGCUGACAAGCUGGUGAAGUCACCACCUCCUCCACCUCCACGUCGCAGCUACCUACCGGGAUCUGGCCUCACCACAACGAGAUCAGGAGACGUCAUCUAUGCAGUCAAAAAAGAGACCACCAUUGUCAAGGAAGGCAGCGAAGAUGCUGGACAAACAGCACAGUCCAAAGUACCUAAAGAAGAUCCAGCCUCAUCCCGGGCACCACUGCCUGUCACAGCAUCUGCCACAAAGGACGAGGAGGAAGAGGAAGGUGACAGAAUAAUGGCAGAAUUGCAGGCUUUUCAGAAGUGCUCUUUUAUGGAUGUAAAUUCAAACAGUCAUGCUGAACAGUCCAGAAAUGACACACAUGGUAAAGACACAAGGCUUGGCGCUCUAAUACACCACAAGGACAAGAAGGUAUAUGGGGAUACAACAAGAUCUCCAAAAGAUAGUGACCACCCUAAGGAGAAGAGGGAAGGGAAAACUGAAGACGAGAUGAGUUCUGAUGCUUCCAGCAUAUCUGAAAAUAAAAUUGGCAUUUCAAUGAAUGACCAUUCUGUAUUCAGUAAAGAUUUGUUUGUAGGGAAUAAAGACUAUUCCAACAAGAACCCCCAUAAUAUCAGCACAAACUUCUCUGGUGUAAGCUUGCCAGAAAAUGACAGAAGAAAAGGGGGUCAAGAUGUCUUAGGAGUGCAUUAUCCAGCUAUUGAAACUGGAAAACAAAAGCUGAACUAUGGAAUAUUGAGACACACUGAUCACAACAUGCCUCAGAACAAACCAGUAGAGUGUGCAGACAAAUGUGUCCCAAUCAGCAACGUUUCACCUCUUGUCCGGCAAACAGAGUUGCAAACUCAGGAGGCUUCCAGAUCACCACAGGAGCAAGAAAUGCCUGUAAUUGACUACAGUCAGGUUGUGCUAAGGCCUAAAGUAUCUAAAAAUACCAAUGUAAACUAUAUUGAGGAGACAGAGUCUCCAGCUAGCUCUCCAAUUGAAGAAAACCCACCAACAGACAACAUUGCUUUUAUGAUUACCAAGACAACUGUCCAGGUUCUGUCAACUGGAGAAGUUCAUGAUAUAGUAAGCAGGAAAGGAGGAGAUAUACAAACAGUUAAUAUAGAUGCCAAAAAGGACAAGACAUCCCAACAAGGUGUACUAGAGAGUACAGAGAAUGAAGAACCAGUAGUUUGUCUGGACAAAAAACCAGUCAUCAUCAUCUUUGAAGAACCAAUGGAUAUUAGAUCGGCUUAUAAAAGACUUUCAACCAUAUUUGAAGAAUGUGAUGAGGAGUUAGAGAAAAUGAUGACAGAGGAGAAGAUAGAAGAAGAGGAGGAGGAUGAAGAAAAUGAAAUAUCUGAAAUCCCUGUGAUACAGAAUGAAGCACUGCAGACAAUUAAUAAUGGAAGAGCUGCUACAGUUUAUUUAGAAAAUCAUGGGCUUGAGCAACAAUAUGAAUUUAAACUUCAGUCUCAUUCUGACUCUACAGAAACAAAAACUCCUGAGGAACAAGACAUAGCAAAGACCGGUUUUAAGAAAUUUAGUCAAAUUUAUGGUCUAAAUUCAGAAGUGAAGCUGGAUUCUCCUGAUCAGUUUGGAAGCAGGCAGGAUGCUAAGAAAAAAUUUAAAUUUAAGUUCCCUAAAAAGCAGCUGGCUGCUCUGACUCAAGCAAUACGUACAGGGACCAAAACUGGGAAGAAGACCUUACAGGUGGUGGUUUAUGAAGAGGAGGAGGAAGAAGAUGGGACUCUAAAGCAACACAAGGAGGCCAAAAGAUUUGAAAUCACAGGGUCUCAGCCUGAGGAUAUUACCAAAGAUAGUUCUGGCAAGGAAGAUCCCAUUCCUGAGACGUUGGCACAGAGCUCUAGGACUGAUGAAAUUCGAAAGAAUACGUACAGGACUCUGGACAGCCUUGAGCAGACCAUUAAACAGCUAGAGAAUACCAUCAGUGAGAUGAGUCCAAGAUCUGUCCCUGAACCUGCAUGUGGCUCUGUAAGAAGCAGUGCCCCCUAUUCUUCCCAUAUAACACAAGAGGCUGCACCCAGAGAACUUGUAGUAUUGGACGAGAGCCAUGCUGGUGCAGAAUCCCCUCCGUCAAUCCUAUCAGCUUCACGUAAGGGCUCAAGCACCACUUCACAGACCAGCAGGAUGCCAAUACCCAUGGCUACAAAAAGUAGACAACAAGGAAGCCUGGAUAAAGCAGGCAGACAGCACAAGCUACAGGAUCCACGCCAAUACAGACAGGCUAAUGGAAGUGCUAAGAAAGCUGGUGGGGACUAUAAGGCUACUUCCCCUACCCUACCUGCUUCUAAGAUCCCUUCUUUUUCUCCCACCUCUGGGAAAAGCAGCUCUGUGUCUGCUUCUAGUGGUGACAGCUCUAACCCUCUUAAUCCACCUACUAAAACAUCCAUUCCUUCCUUUAACCUUCUGAGUCCUCAAACAGGUCGCACUGCUCACUCUACCUCCCUAAUUCCUUCGGUCUCUAACGGCUCCUUAAAGUUUCAGAACCCCACUUACACAGGUAAAGGUCACCAUCUUUCAUUCUCACUACAGACUCAAAAUGGCCGGCCAUCCCCCCCUUCCUUCUCCUCUUCCCCCCCUUCGUCUACCUCUCCCACUUCACUGAACCAAGGCCUGAAGAGCAUCAGGACAAUCCAUACACCUAGCUUCACCAGCUACAAGUCACAGAAUGGAAACGCCAGCAAACUCACCUCCUCAGCCAAGGAGACCGCUUAAAGUCUAAACACUAGUGUGUGCAACUUCACCACGGCUUCUGUUUAUUAUCAAUGAAUCCGCAACUAAUAUUUUAGCAAGAGAAUGUAUCAUUUUGUUUUAUUGUUUGAAACUUAAUAUUAAACAUAUGCUAAGUACUGGAUUAAUACAAUAGACUAGAGUGAAGCUGUUUUGUAAAACUUUGUUGCUGUUAAUGAUAAUAGAGCAUUUUCUUUCUGUAUCUAGCACCUGUUACAAAAAGUGCAGAAGGUGUGUGAGAGUGAACUGUGUGUGUGUGUACACAGAAAUGUAGAGAGCAUGGAAAAAACAAUGUAUGGUUCCAGAAAUUUUAGUAAGUUGUUUUGUAUAAAGCUAUUUUCAUUAUGGGGACUACAAGUGAACAGAGAUAUACUAAAGUGUGAUUACACACAAAUGUAAAACUGAAACGGAAAUAUUUUUUUCUUUUCUUUUAGUGUUAUUUAGCUUUGUUACAGAUUUCUAUUUUUCUCAACAAAACAUCAUGGUUCCUUUCAAUAUCUUUUUGCCAAAACAUUUUGAUACUAUUAUAAUGUACAUUUGAAAGUAUUAUGCUGGACAGUAAACCUCUACACAAGAAACAGAGUAAGACUGGUAUUAGUGUGUAUUAGUGUGUAUGAGGUAACUUAACAUAUUGCACUGCCAUUCAAAUUAUAUUUAAUAAUUUGCCAAUCCAAAAAAAAUAAAUUUUGUUUUUACAUAACUAUUUGCUCAUUACUUUUAUUCUUCGCUAAAUCCACCAUUAUUCUUUUGUUUUAUUGAGACCUGGUAACUUGUAUUGCAGUGUGGAUUUUAAGUUGUACACUUCUGUACUGUUAUGUAUACUGGCAACCUUUUGUACAUAUCUAUAAAUAUAUAUAUAUAAAUACUGUAUGUGGCUGGGCACAGAGUAGUUUUACUACACCAAAAUUAAUUUUUAUGCAUGCUUUAAAGCUAUAUAUAUGGGGAGAGGUGAAUAUUGAGCAAAUGGAAAAGAGCAAAAAGUUUCCAUAGUUAGUGUUUUUGUAAAUAAAUUUGUUUAACACCAUAAUGUAAUAUACAGAACUAUGCUAAGCAAAGAACUUUACAAAAAUAAAGGGCUGCAUGCUAUGGUUUUGUAUUUUGUCACCAAUAACUUUUACAAUGGUUCCAACUCAAAUGGUUGUUCAAAAACUUUACUUUUAAUGUAAACAGUCUGACAUAAUGAGUAAAAUUGUAAUUCUUUGAGAUUUGGACUUGUACCUUCUAAUGCCAUUGAAGAGUUACCCGGCCAAACAGCAAACCACCGUUCUCUAAUUAAAAGGGACUGUCUCCUCUUCUUUCUA